CCUCUCUUCAUCAAGCUCUCUCAGUCCCAAAGAAGUUUUUAUAUAUACAUGCGAGGGAGUUCACAGGCACUGGAAGUGAAGGGAGAGCGGAGAGAUGGAGGUGGACGUGAAGAGCAUGGUGGUUGCCGAUGAGAAUGACAAGCACGAGAGAGCCUUGGACGAACAGAGCAAUGGCGCUGCGAAGAAGAGGAAGCUCGGCGGCAUCAGAACCAUGCCGUUCAUCCUCGCGAACGAGGUAUGCGAUAGGUUCGCGUCGUCCGGGUUCCACGCGAACAUGAUAACCUACCUGACCCAAGUGCUGAACUUGCCGCUGGUCCAGGCUUCCAACACCCUCAGCAACUUUGGCGGGACUGCCAGCUUCACGCCGUUGCUCGGCGCUUUGCUCGCCGAUGCAGUGGCUGGCCGGUACUGGACCAUCAUCAUCGGCUCCAUUUUCUAUGAACUGGGUCUGGUCAGCAUAGUCUUAUCGGCGGUCCUCCCUUCCCUCCGGCCGCCGGCCUGUCCGACCCAGGUGAACUGUCAGGAAGCCUCCACCACCCAGCUGUGGGUCUUCUACAUCUCCCUUCUUCUCACCUCCCUCGGUUCCGGCGGUAUCCGCCCCUGCGUCGUCACCUUCGCCGCCGAUCAGUUCGACAUGUCCAAGUCCAAGGUUGCCUCCCGCAAGUGGAACUUCUUCAACUGGUACUACUUCAGCAUGGGCAUGGCCACGCUCACGGCGAUCACUGUCGUUGUCUACAUCCAGGACAACGUGGGAUGGGGCUGGGGGCUUGGUAUCCCAGCUGUGGCCAUGGCAAUUUCGGUGGUGGCCUUCGUUCUGGGGUCGAGGCUGUACGUUAAGUUGAAGCCCGGAGGGAGCCCACUCACGCGACUAGCUCAGGUGAUAGUGGCGGCCGUAAAGAAGAGGAAUGUGCCGGUGCCGGAGGAUCCGGGGUUGUUGUACGAGAACAAGGAGCUCGACGCGGUCAUAUCCGUGCAUGGGAGGCUAUUGCACUCGGAGCAAUUCAAGUGGCUUGACAAAGCCGCGACAAUGACUGAAGAAGAAGCUAGGAGUUCAGGUCCACCGAAUCUAUGGCGGUUGGUCACGGUGCACCGCGUGGAGGAGCUGAAAUGCAUCGUCAGGAUGCUUCCGAUCUGGGCUGCCGGGAUUUUGCUGGUCACGUGUUCGUCGCACCUCGGCAGCUUCACCAUCGUCCAAGCUCGAAGCAUGGACCGUCACUUGUCCCACUCCUUCCAAAUCCCGCCUGCUUCGCUCUCCAUCUUCAGCAUCCUAACCAUGCUCUCCGGUCUAGUUUUGUACGAGCGUGUAUUCGUCCCCUUCAUCCGCCGAUUCACGGGAAACCCGGUCGGGAUCACGUGCCUCCAGAGAAUGGGGAUAGGAUUCACGAUAAACAUCCUAGGCGCAAUCGUCGCGUCGUUCGUCGAGAUCAAGAGGAAGAAGGUCGCCGCCGCUCACCACCUACUGGACGCACCGAAAGCCAUCAUACCCAUCAGUGUCUUCUGGCUGGUCCCUCAGUACGUCAUCCAUGGAAUAGCUGAGGUCUUUAUGUCCGUGGGCCACCUGGAGUUCCUCUACGACCAGUCACCCGAGAGCAUGAGGAGCACCGCCGCCGCGCUGUACUGGGUCGCCAUAUCGGUGGGGCACUACCUCGGCACGCUGCUGGUGACCCUCGUCCACGACUACACGGGCAAGGAGAGGAACUGGCUCCCGGACCGGAACCUCAACCGGGGGAGAUUGGAGCGCUACUACUGGCUCGUCAGCGGGAUUCAAGUCGUCAAUCUCGUGUAUUACCUGGUCUGCGCUUCGCUCUACACAUACAAGCCCGUUGAAGAGUCGAUCUGCAAGGAAGAAGAGGAGGCGGAGCCGGCGAAAGACGACGUCCUGGCUAAGAAUAUGGCCAACGGGACUAAUGGGAAUGCAGGGGAGAUGGAGCUGAUUGCCAAUGCUGAGAAAGCUUAGAAAUCUGCAGACUUCUUUUUUGGAGGGCUCUAGUGCCGCACCAGAAAUGUCUACUAUGUACUGAUCAUGGUUCGACGGCUUAAAUCAGAUCAUGAUUUUUAAGCAUGUUACAAUUUGAUAUGUGAAUAGAGUUUAAGGAUAUAUACAUAGUUAUUUAAUUACUA